CAAGAAUGAAGGAUCGGGAUUAAUGGAACAUCUGAAGAUGCGCCUGCGACACGCUAGAAUGGUUGCCCCACAUUUUGCCGUCUUUGCCUGAGAUCCGCCUGAGGACCCUUGUCGAAAUGACCAAUGGAACCACGCUUGCUUUGAUGCCACUCUGCCGGAGACGUGCAGCUGCGGUAACGUCUGUCGCAUAUCGUUCGCGUAUCAACGCCAAUUGUAUCAGGCCAGUAACAUGGCGAAAUUCACCCCCGCAAUGCCGCAACUUUCCUUAGGUGCGAAAAGCAACCGGCGCGUAUCGUAGUAAUCAGGACGGCGACAUGGCGAUAUAUAAGGUCGCAGGGGAUGGCAAUGCAUCCAGCAGUACACCCACCAUAAUCACUUACAUCCUCCUAUAAUCAUCACCGACAAUGCCUACACACGGAGAAAGGAACCUCGAGCUCGGGAACCAGGCGUAUGCUGCUUCCUUCGACCAGGGCCAUCUAGCGCUACCACCCAGCCAAAGAUAUACCAUCGUAACAUGUAUGGACGCGCGCAUCGACCCAACCGCCGCCUUUGGCAUCCCUCUCGGAGCCGCCCACGUAAUCCGCAACGCCGGCGGCUGUGUACACGACGCGUUCCGAUCCAUCGUCAUAUCGCAACAACUGCUUGGAACAAGAGAAGUCAUCGUCGUAAAGCACACCGGAUGCGGCAUGCUCACAUUCGACAACCCGACUGCGAAAGCCGUGGUCAUGAAGAAGAGAGGAGAGAUAGCUGCGAGAGAGGUGGAGACUCUCGACUUCCGGCCUUUCCGUGAUCUGGAGAUUCAAGUAAAGAAGGAUAUACAAUGGCUGCGGAUCAAAGCGAUCGAGGAGAACAUUCGGUUCAGCGGCUGGAUUUACGAUGUCGAGACGGGGAAGACGACGAGAGUGGUGUGAGCUGCUUGGAGGAUAUGAUUGAGCUGUGCGAUAUACCCAUAAUAAUGUAACAACAUCUUGUGAGUCUCGUUCGUCAACAUACACACCUGCCCAGCCAUAAGUACCUUGAUGCGGAGAUGUUGGUGUUUCCUAGCGCCUAUGACGGUCAACACCUUUCCUCUUUCGGGCUAGCCUUCAGGCUGCCUAAUGCCCUGUCAACUUCCACGACGCGCUCUAGUUCUACCGUCGUGCAACAACAAGC